UUACACUGAAUUAUAGUUGAAAUGACACAUAGUUGGGAUUUCAUUGAUGUUUUCUGUCUACAAUGGCCUCUUUAAUUUAAUUUGUGGUUGAUGGAUGGAUAUUUAGGACUACAAGUUCCUUGCCGACAGUUUUACUGAAUUCGAAGUCGACUCUGCAUAAUUCACAGGCGCCAUUUUGGAGCGGGUGUUGACUUUUAGGUCCAUUUUUGUCAUCUUAAACUGGUCGCCAUUGCGGAUAUUAUUGCUUUCUAUAUCCAUUUGGGGACGUCGUGAAGGUCAGAUAUGAACCUCAGCGAUCCAGCGCAAUCUCCAUCUUUGCACCAGCAUGAAACCAAUGAAAGAGGCUGCUGGAGAGGAGUUCAAGUGGUCCGAGCUCCUCAUGCCACUCCUGGAGCCCAUAGAGGGGAUUUAUGGCGACCUGGACUACCAUCAGUGCCAUUCACAACCCCCUCCAUCCAUCGACCCAGACGACCUGCCUCUGUUCACCUCCUUGACAGAAAAUGACAUAGGCUACCUGGGCAACCAUAUAACUUAUUCACCACCCUCCACAUCCAUCGACUUGGACGACCUGCCACUGGCCAACGUGUCGUCAGGGAGCCAGGACAGCGACUGGAGCGACUGCUCCAACCAGGCAGACACUGUGUUGAGCAGAUGUCCUCAGCAGCGCCUUGUAGAACAGCCAGACGAUACAAUGCUGACUCAUCAAGAACAGCCAAAGAUACUGCCAGACUGGACAACGCUGACUCAUACAGAAAUACCUGGCUUCACAAACGUCUCCACAUCAAACAGAAAAAGGAAACGUGAUGUCCAGGAGAACGGAGAUAAGGCCUACAUUAAAAAGCCACCAAACGCCUUCAUGUUGUUCAGGAAGGAGCAGAGGCUGAAGGUGAUGGCUCAGUUCAAUAUCAGUGGCUGUGCUGAGGCCAAUAAAGUCCUGGGUCACAUGUGGAGGUCGCUCUCUGAGCAGGAGCAGGAAAAGUAUUACCGCCUAGCUGAUGCAGAAAAGGUUAUACACAGCCAGUUGUACCCAAACUGGUCCUGCACAGAAAACUAUGGCAGAAAGAGGAAGCAGAGGGCAGGUUUAAACAAAGAAAAUACACCAAUUCACAACUUUUUCCCCAUGAACCGUUACAACGAUAUCCCGUCAUGUGACUUGUACCGUAUGCUAUACGGUCGAGAACAUUUGGCAGUGAGCAGUAAAAUUGUAACUGUGUAUUUCCUUAAGUCUAGUUUAGGGAGCAGCGCCUUGUAG